UGCUCGGUGUUGACGGAACAGCCGCCUACUCUCGAUGGGGAGACGGGGUUGCGUGUCUCCCCUGUUUCUUCGGCUCCCGAUCGACCCUUCCUCAUAGGGUCCCCCGACGAUCGAAUAAAAGGGAGAAGAAAAUGGGUUCAUGCGGCCCGCAUUUCUCGCGAGCCAUAGCUUAGCCAAGGCCAAGCCUAUCCUUCAAAAAGGUGGAAGGGGCGGGUGGGAGCUUUCGCAGGUACCUUGAGUGUAAUCCCCUCCGCUGUGUCACUAUGCCUGCGGCGGCUCCGAUCAUCAGCUCUGUGCAAAAACUGGUGCUGUACGAAACUAGAGCUCGAUAUUUUCUUGUUGGAAGUAACCAGGCAGAAACCAAAUAUCGUGUUUUGAAAAUCGAUCGCACAGAACCUAAGGAUUUAGUUGUUAUUGAUGACAGACAUAUAUAUACCCAGCAAGAAGUGAGAGAGCUACUAGGCCGUUUAGAUCUGGGCAAUAGGACAAAAAUUGGACAAAAGGGCUCAUCUGGAUUAUUACGUGCUGUCUCUGCUUUUGGGAUAGUAGGAUUUGUCAGAUUCUUAGAAGGUUAUUACAUUGUGCUAAUUACAAAGAGACGAAAGAUGGCAGAUAUUGGAGGACAUGCAGUAUAUAAAAUAGAAGAUACAAAUAUGAUCUACAUUCCAAAUGACUCUGUACGAGUGAGUCAUCCCGAUGAAGCAAGAUACCUACGAAUUUUUCAGAAUGUGGAUCUAUCCAGUAAUUUUUAUUUCAGCUAUAGCUAUGAUCUGUCCCACUCCCUUCAAUAUAACCUUACAGUUUUGAGAAUGCCUCUAGAUGUACUUAAAACAGAAACAACACGAACUCGUCAAGAGUGUUUUGACAUAUUUGAAGAUGAGGGACUUGCUACUCAAAAUGGAAAUUGUGUAUUUGGAAUUUGCAGUGACCCUUACCGAAAAUAUGUAUGGAAUGGGAAAUUGCUUGAUGUUGUCAAAACUGCAGUUCAUCGAGACUGGCUUUUGUAUGUUAUUCAUGGAUUUUGUGGGCAGUCGAAACUGCUUAUUUAUGGUCGUCCAGUGUAUGUCACUUUGAUAGCUAGAAGAUCAAGUAAAUUUGCUGGAACACGGUUUUUAAAGAGAGGAGCAAACUGUGAGGGAGAUGUAGCCAAUGAAGUAGAAACUGAGCAAAUACUUUAUGAUGCUUCAGUAAUGUCAUUUUCUGCCGGAAGCUAUUCAUCUUACGUCCAAGUGCGAGGUUCAGUCCCUCUGUAUUGGUCUCAAGACAUAUCGACUAUGAUGCCUAAGCCACCAAUUACACUGGAUCAGGCAGACCCAUUUGCUCAUGUAGCUGCUCUUCACUUUGAUCAAAUGCUUCAGAGAUUUGGCUCUCCGAUCAUCAUUUUGAACCUUGUCAAGGAACGUGAAAAAAGAAAACACGAAAGGAUACUAAGCGACGAGCUUGUUGCUGCUGUAACUUACCUCAAUCAGUUUUUACCUCCUGAACAUGCUAUUGUAUACAUCCCUUGGGAUAUGGCCAAGUACACAAAGAGCAAACUGUGCAAUGUCCUUGAUCGAUUGAAUGUGAUUGCUGAAAACGUCGUGAAGAAAACUGGCUUCUUUGUAAAUCGACCUGAUUCCUUCUGCAAUGUUUUGCGACCAGAUGAAAAAUGGAAUGAACUAGGAGGAUAUGUAGUUCCCAGUGGCCGUUUGCAGACAGGAGUUCUUCGAACCAAUUGUGUGGACUGUUUGGAUCGUACAAAUACAGCCCAAUUUAUGGUUGGGAAAUGUGCUUUAGCCUACCAACUUUAUUCCUUGGGAUUGAUUGACAAACCUAAUCUUCUGUUUGACACAGAUGCCGUUAGAUUAUUUGAAGAAUUAUAUGAAGAUCAUGGGGAUACAUUGUCACUCCAGUAUGGUGGCUCUCAACUGGUUCAUAGAGUAAAAACCUACAGGAAAAUAGCACCCUGGACCCAGCAUUCUAAAGAUAUUAUGCAAACUCUUUCGAGAUACUAUAGCAAUGCUUUUUCAGAUGCUGACCGGCAAGAUUCUAUUAACCUGUUUCUAGGAGUAUUUCAGCCUGAAGAAGGAAAGUCUCAUCUCUGGGAACUUCCUACUGAUUGUUAUUUGCAUCAAAAGGACACAAUGAAUCUUCUCCAGACAAGGCGAAGCUAUACUUUUUGGUGGACUCCUGGUGUUUUAAAAUAUUUGCCACUGCCUUUCGAUGAAGUGACAUGUGCUGAAAACCAGAGGAAGUUAAUAGUGAAGAGAUUUCAUAAGUUUGAUGAUGAGGUUGAUAUUCAUAAUGAUUUUUUUCGACCAUAUGAACUCAGCAGUUUUGAUGACAUCUUUUGCUUGGCAAUGACAAAUUCAAUGCGAGAUUUUAUGCCUAAGAAUGUUCCCACUGAUCCCAGCCCAUUUACUGUACGUAAACCAGAUGAAACUGCAAAAUCUGUUUUGGGGAACAAAAGCAACCGAGGAGAAGAAACAGUACUGCAACGUAAAACGGCUGCUAGUGCUCCUCCGCCACCCAGCGAGGAGGCCGUGUCCAGCAGUUCUGAAGAUGAUUCCGGAACUGAUAAAGAAGACGAGGGCGCUACCUCUCAGCGUUCAACACCUGUGAAAAUAUCAGAUACUGGAGACAAUACCAAAAUAACAGAAAAUGUAGUGCAGCCUACCAAAGAUGUCUAUGGAAUUAAUCUUUCAGAGUCUCCUUCAGAGGAUGAUCUCAGCAUAUAUACGAGGUUUGUUCAGUUGGGACAAAGUCAACAGAAGCAAGAAAAAAGUUCCCAAACUUUCUCUCCUAAAAACUUAGACGGAAUUAUAAAUUUAACACCCAUCUCUGGUUUCUCCCAAGACAACAUUUAUGAAGUCCAGCCACCUAAAGUGGACAGGAAAUCUAUUGAGAUUUUUCAUGCACACAUCCAAGCAAGCAAAGGUAUUAUGCAACCUUUGGGAAAAGAGGACAUCUUCCUAUACCGAGAGUAUAUUAGGAAUAGAUACCUAUGAAAAAAAAAAUGCCAGUACUCUUCUCUUCUGAAUGUAACUCCGCUGAAAUCUUAGAUAGUGCUUGCAAGGAAAAUUAGAAGGAAAGUACCUUGAAUGCCUCUUGUAUGUAUUUCUUUUCACCCAUAACUCUAAGGAGGACAGAUGACUUAUUUUUAAUGGCUUUGGGGUACUAAUACAAGUAACUUCAAGUGUGAAUAAUUAGUUUAAAAAAGAAUUGAAUAUAACCUUUGAGAAGGAUUGAAAAUAUUAAAGAUUUUGAUAAGCAGUAUUGUGUACAGAUGUAAGCACAUACAUAUACUGUAUAUGUAUACACAUAUAUAGACAUAGAUAAGUAAAUUCAUAUGCACAGUUUGGAAUAGUUAGAGAGUGAAAAGUUGCCAUCAAAUUAAACUCUACUUCAACUUUUAUAUAUGGCCAAAGUCCCAGCAACGUACCUAAAACAAUCUAAAAACAUGCCCACAAUAAAGUAAUUUCUAAUACUUUUCUAUUAGAGGUCAGGGGAAGGAAAUUUUUAUUUGAUAAAGGAGAGAGGGGUUUUAUAUCAAGAAAAUUGGAUAAUGAAAUGUCUGCAAACAUACAAUCAGCUCAGAGAGCACCAAGAACUUCAUAGUUUCUAAUUUACUGUCCUCAUCUUCAUUAGGCCCAAUUGAUUAUAAAAUAAAAGGAAUGCUUAGCAUUUUUGUGCAUUGCAAACAGGAGAUUCUACCAUUUGCAUUUCUGUGACAGCACCUCUUGCAGAUCCAACCCCAUGGUCUUCAUUGAAACAAGCCCAGUAGGCAUGGCAGAAGACAAUUUUAUUGCCAUCUAUUAUGAAGGCCUUGGAAUUGUUGCACAAGCUUCAGAGAUGGAUGUCAGUUUCUAUUGCAUCUUAAUUGCAAUCAUAUGACCAUGGGGCCACUGUAAGUCCUCUCAUUCAUUAAAGUUUGAAUGGUCACCUGAAUGCAUGGUCAUCAUCUGAGGCUUACUUGUAUCAAUAUGAAUCUUUACAGGAUUGUGCACCACUUAUGAUGGUUCACUCUACAUUGUUUUCUAAAAUAGAGUGUGAUAUAUUUCUGAGAUAAUCUAUGAAACCUCUGUUCCCUAGGAAUAAUACCAACCUACAGUAAUAAUACCAACAAUAAUUAACACUAAUACUAACAUCAAACCAAAAAUGAAAAAGUAAGCAAUCUCUCAAUCAAGGAAUUGCCAUACAAGCUUACAGUAAACAGCCCAAUCAAAGAACCACUAAGACCACGCCUACUAACACUGACAGAGCAAGGCACUAGAAUAUAAAUGGAGAACAAACCCCACUUCUUACUGGCACUGAUGGAUGAUGUUACUUAGUUUAGGUAAACCCUAAGUUACAAAUAUUCUCCUUUAUCAGACCCACUAAUACAAUGAAACAAUACUAUUUGGCUAUAGAAGAAAUUAAUGCAGCUUGGAAACAAUUUACCAAGAGGUUGCUUACAAAAUUGUAUGAUAUUAAAGCAGAAGAUAUAGAAAGCAACACCUGUUAUAGGAUAAAACAGAGACUGACCAAUUUGAUUUUUUUAAAAUGCUGCAUUACAAAAGCAAUAAGGAAAAAGAUGCUCUAGAUCUGGCAACAUUGAUUUACAAACAAAACCAGUUGAUGUUUUAGUAAUUAAAGGGGAUUAAGUGUCAGGAUUCUCCAGAAAAUGACAUACUGAGCAAGAGGAUGAAUUUUUUUCUCCUGCCAACGAACAACUGAUUUUGCUGCCAAAGUCGACUCUGGGAGCCUGCUCCCCAGAUUUGAACUGGAGCAACUAGGAAUGACCUAUGACGACUCUCUGAUGAUUGUGUAUGCCUGGGAAGAGGAAGCCAAAUGAUUGCAAUUAUCAAUAAGAGCAACCAGAGGGUUGGGUCUCCAUCUUUCCUGUCAGCAUUUUAUUUAUUUUUAGGUCUGUCUCGGUUUUAAAUACCAUGUUUUGAACAUUUUUGUGUCUUUUUUGCUUUCGACCUACAUUUUUAAUUGUCUGGUUGAAUGCUGAUGUAUUUUAUACCUCCUUGCUGGACUGUGAAAUUUUUACCUUUUUUAUUGCUUUGCUCUGGAGUCAGGAAACAUUUUCAUUUUUGCUGCAUGGAAGGCGACAGCACAAAGACUUUCUCUUUGAUAGUGAUCUGAUUUGAUUUACAUCCGCACCAGUCUACUGCAAGGAUUUUAUAUUUUACUAGUUUUUAAAAUAACUUUGCUGCUUUAUUUUACUUUGGAAUAUAUCUUUGUUCUCUUUUUUUCUCUCUGAAGAGAUGGGAACUUUCUCUUUAUUUACUCUCUUGUCAUGGGAAAUAUUACCUUAAAUCUUUCUGCAGACAUUUUGUUAUGGAACAUCUUUUUUAUUUUUGAGAGGAAUUGCCUAUAUUUUGUUUGGAUUAUAUUAAAAAUGAAAACAAUAAAUGAAGGAUUAACAUUAUACAUUAUGUAUUCUU